CCGGCUACACUUAUAUUCAAAUAGCGGAGCUGACGGCAUUACGUAGUUUCGGUCGCCGCAUACAAUAGUUAGGUAGGUUAGAAUAAUAGAUGAUCUUAGUUAACAUCCACUCGAUACGUGACCUAGGUCUGAGUAUGGGUAGAGGUCGCCAUCUUACAACAUGAAUCUCACCUCUCACGCAUGGUGGAGUGGGCUUACGAGCUUCCUCCUUUUCUUCACUGGUAAUCCCCGGAACACAUAUGCACACUGUCUAUAUUUAGGAUGGCAGAUGGCGAUUGGCGUAUUCGUGGGACAUUCGAACCUGCGCCGGUGUAGAUUCAAUAGUAUGGCCCACUAUUGUGUACUUGGGAGUGCCAUGACGCCCAAGGAAAAGCUAUCGGAAAAUCGGCGGUUCCACCGCCUCCGGGAGGAUUGAAGGUACGGGUGGAGAAAAUGGACGGAAAACGACCAUAGGAAUCUAUCGAAUUCCCAUAGAAGCCUGCGAUUUUCGGCCCUACGUAUCGGUACGUAUGUAUAGGUAUACGUACCUAGCAUUGCGGGCUUUUAAUUGACGAGGGCGGACGAGGGCGUCAUACAAUCUCUAUGCGCUAUGAUGAGGUUUUAGCAUUUGUAACAUUGCUUUCUGUUGGGCGCGUAAGGUCUCUUCUAGUUACUAGGUGUAGUGAGCCAACACGAAUAGAAGAACCGAGGGUUGAGUAGGUCAAGUAGUGAGUAGGCGAAAUGUUUAAGCUUUCAGUUGGUCAUUUGGCCGAGGGGGUUCGGUAGUAGCGAGUGAUAGGUAGGGAACGGCGUUGUAAGAUGGCAUUGUCGGAUGUAUUUGACUUGGCACUUCCUGAAGCAUCGGGGCAGACGCAGAUAUAAAAUCUUAGCAUCAGUUCUCCAAAAAGAUUACGCGCAACGGGUGUCGCAUGAUCUCGUACUGUAUCCGUAUGGCGAUGGAAAGGGUACUUGUCUGUAAGGUCUGUAUGUAAGGUCGGACGGAAAAUGCACCAAACGAGUCCGGUGCCGACAUUAGAGGAAAACCAAAUAGGAUAGGGAUGAUCACGAUUGCGCGCACAUGGCACUGCAGCUGAGUGUCACCCAGUCAUCGAACCAUCUCCGCUUCGGACUAUCCGCCGCCCGGAUAUCCCGAACGUAGGAUAGAUAGUAUUAGACGUAUGUAUACGUGCGUGUGUACGUAGGCUGGCAUUUUCAUUAUUUAUAGAAUAAACUGGAUAGAGCUGGCGCUGAAAUCAUUAUUGGGAAGAGACUUAUACACACUCUGGCGUAAUGUUUACGGCGGUUCUAUUACAUGUGUUUUAGCUUGAGCUUUGUCAUAUCCAGUCUCGCUCUGUGAUGGUAGAUUUUUGAUACCAGGCAUAAUCUAAGCCCCUAUUCUACGUUUCGGCAACGGCGAGGCGGCCCCAUCUCGGUCAGCAAUGCGUGACCAGUGGGAGGUUUCCCGUCCCGUGUGUUCCCUUCCAGUGGCCUGUAACACGCACGACAUGAUGGGCUGCGUAUAGGACGACGGCCGGCGGAAUUCUUAAGCAGCCAACGUGGCGGGGUUGGGUUGCCUGGUCGAGGUUGCAUCGAGUCAGCCCCGGCUAACCGAUUCAAUAGCUUCGUCAGCCGAAUAACAACCCCCGAAGCAUAUUUUACGAUACCAUUUCCCUAUGGUAUACCGGGUGGGUAAGACGAACCGGUUGGAAAAAGGACUACGCCUUUCGGAAGUAGCGGUAUAUUUUCCAACCUACAACAUAUACUUAUCUCCUGGUAUUUGUUUAAAAUUUAACGGUUACGAAAUAAAUCUUAACGACGUUAGAGUUAAAUAUUCCGAAUGCCAUCUUUCGAACGAAGGUUUGGCAACAUAAUAUAAUAAUAUAACACAGGGUACUAUCAGCUCAUUAAACAAUCAACCUGAUUAAAAAGGCAUCCCCGGGAGGUAACUUUUAGAUUAGGAGGCUGGCGAGAUUUGUUGGUAGGCAGUAAAACAGGGACCGACACUCCGAAAAAGCCCCAGUGCACCCGCCGCUCUAGACCCCGAGUCCGCACUCACAGUAUGAAGUAUUUUACCAGCGCUGUCUUCAGUUACUUGGACCUUACACAGAGGUAAAAGAGGCGUAUGCUCCUUUUUUGUCCCUGCUUUCCUUUUCGCACAUUGGGUGCGUAUCUAGUCAAGGCGUAAUAGGUUAAACUUUUCUAUUUUCUCCCGUCAUCCAUCCCCGAGGUUUAAAAGUAGGGUACGUAAACAAGGAGCUCGGUCGGCUUGCCGAAAUGUCUAUUUCGGAUUUAUCUUUGAAAGCGGUAACGAAACAAGCAAAAUGAACAAACCCACCCAACUAGAUUACCCAAUAUGAUUUAAGGAACACUCGUUUCCCGUCAAAUACAAUUCGCGAAAGUCCGUUCCCACAAAGUAAAAUAUGCGAAUUACAAUUGCCAUGAGAAAGGGAAGGCAAAAGAAUUUAAAUUAAAAAAAGAGUAGCUUCGCCCGAGUUAAGAAAAAAAGUUAAAAGUACGGGC